AUGUCGAAUCACCAGUCUAAAGUGGCAUUCGUGAGCGGAUGCAACGGAAUCAGCGGCCAUGCCAUUGUUGAGCACUUGGUGCGACAGCCUGAUAGUGAAUGGUCUAAAAUCAUUGUGUCCUCGCGCACUCCGUUGGUUCACUUCUGGUCGGACCCUCGCGUUCAGUUUGUUGGGGUGGACUUCAUGUGGCCCCAUGAGAGAAUUGUGGAGAAACUCGCCCCAGUCUGCUCCCUUGUUACGCAUGUCUACUAUACGGCGUACGCCCAUUCCAAGGAUUUCAAAUCUUUGCCGAAACUCAAUGUUCCCUUGUUCCAGAGGUUCAUCGACGCAAUUGAUGCUGUUUGCCCGGAGUUGCAACGAGUUUUGAUGUACACUGGUGGAAAGUAUUAUGGUGCACAUCUUGGGAAGUUGAUUGCACCUGCGGAAGAAUCGUCCCCAAGAUACAUCGAUAACGGAGAUAAUUUCUAUUACCACCAGGAGGAUUACUUGGUUGAAGUACAGCAACGCAGGAAGCAAUGGAAGUACAACGUGAUUCGUCCCACUGGGAUCAUUGGAUUCAUUCCUCACGGUUCGUUACUCGUAUUGAUCUUUUUCAGUCUUAUUACUCACGAGUCCACUUAUGCAGCCAACGGAAUGAGCGAAGCACUCUCGGUUGCCGUCUACUUUUUGCUUUGUCGCGAACUGGGCUUACCUGCUCAUUUUCCCGGAAAUGAGUAUCUUUGGGAAGGUGUGGACGAUAAAUCUUACGCUCCUAGUAUCGCAGACCUCGCUGUCUUCGCAUCUACCCACGACCACUGUUCCAACCAGAUUUUCAACCAUACCAAUGGCGAUGUAAUUGUGUGGAAAAACUUCUGGCCCAAGAUUGCCCAGUACUAUGGAUUGAAGACACCUGCUCCCAGAUUUGAACAGGCCCGUGGCCAGUCCAGCAACCUAAUUGUUGAGUUCAAUGUGCAGGAAUGGGCCGAUGAUAAGAAACCGGCCUGGGAGCGAGUGGUUCAGAAAUACGGUGGUCGAAAGGACGUGUUUGACUGGGUAUCGUGGGAUCAUUGGAACUGGGCUCUGGGACGAGCAUGGUCUACACUCCUCUCCUCAAAUAAAGCGCGUGAGUAUGGAUGGACUCGCUUUGAUGAUACUUAUAAAACUUGGCUGGACACGUGGAAAAUACUAGAGAAUGCCGGAAUCCUCCCCAAGCCCCAACCGCUUGGGGAGAUUUAG